AAGGGUCACAAAGAGAGGAAAGGUGAUCCACACUGGAAGGGGUGGAAUUUCCAGAAGACAGAGCAGCAGAGUAGUCCUUACACAGUCCUUACCGGUCAUUAGAUACCCAGGUGGAAUAAUAAGCAGGCUUCAGGAUGAGAUAGAUGUCACUGAUGUCAACUCAUAAAAACUCCUCAUAAUGAGAGGUCCCCACCCAAAGUCCAGCACCCUUGGGGUCUGUGGCCAACAGGAAAUAGGAGAGUGAGGUUAGUGAGUGUUGGAAUGGCAUUCCAGGAUGAAACAAAGAACAUUUUGCACUGACAGAGUGCUUUGAAUAUAUUUUCUGGUAAACAGCUCGACGUCAUCCAUGUGGAGGAGAUGGUAGACGAUUGCUCCAUUCCGUAGUCGGUAUCCAUAUCCAUGUUAAUGAUUUGCCUGGGGGGGUUCAGACCUAUUCAGAACAGAAAUCCCACACUUGAUGGUGACUUGUAGAAUUGGCUGCAAAUGUUGUUCUCUAGUGUUGAUUGCUAAUUCCCCAUCAAAUUCAUGAUGAAGGCUCUUGGGGUCCUGUUGAUCUGAUAUUUUAGACAUUCUAAGAUUCAUCUAUGGGGCACUGAGUCAUAGGCUUUCUUGUACUUAAUCUGGACAGUGCACAGGUUGGUCAGUAUGGUCUUAUAGUCUUGAAUGACUGCUUUAAGUAGCAGUAGCUGGUGAUUUGACACUGGUGUUUUCUGGGAUUUCAUGUAUUGGGCCAUGUUCCUGUUCAUUUUAGCUGUUAUGAUGACUGACUGGAGCUUCCAUGUUGUACUGAGGCAGGUUACUGGUCUGCAGUUAGAUUGGGGACUAGUCCCUUCUGGGGAUCGUACACCUUUGAUGGUAUACAUUUUUUUAACCAAAGCUGCGAGUCUUUUCUUGGCAGUCUGAGGCCUAAAGGUAUGGGCAGCUUACAGUACUUCCCCCUGACCUGAAGUCCUGGCUCCCCCUUCCUGUAUCAAUUGUGUUAUACCACAUAAAUCUCUAGUUCUGAUAGCAGUUGCUUCUUUCGCAUGUUGGAAAACUGAGCUACUAGUUGUUUCAUUGUCAGGUCCCACAUGCUCUUCAUGUAACCCCUUGCCUUGGGAUUACAGUCAUAGUACCAUUCUAGCAUUCCUGUUUGUCUAUCUGCCGCCUGCCUGCUUGCUUGCUCUAGGUGAAGUGAAAGUGGGGCCUUUAAAUUGUAAACAUGAACCUUAAGUAAAGUGUUAGGUCAGAAAGGAGAGCAUGCACACCUACCACGAAAAAAAGAUCAUCCCUCUGAGGAUUAUGUUUUCAUCUGGGAUUACAGAUGGCAAUAUGAAGAACAGGGCAGACGCUGAGGUCUUAAUGGCAAUCGGUUUAUACUCAGGACUAAACUAUUAAAACCCCUGUUCCGCUUCAUAUCCAGUACACACUGAGAGAAGCAUCAUUCGGUAUCAUUUCAUUCAUGCAUAUAACAGUUCAUCUGUUAUAGAAGUUUUUUGUAACACAUUGCUUGCAUCUAGUUUUCAUUUGGGGUUUAUAUAUAUUUUUUCAGUUAUUUUUUUGAUGGCAGCUGCUGGGAUGGAUUCAAAAUCUAAACCCUCUGAUGCCGUGCUGGAAUCCCCAGAACUAGAGCAGAUUCUGGACGUAAUGAGUUACUCACAGCGUGGACGAAUGGAUGGACAGUGUUGCACUCUAAGUCCUGCUAAAAUAGAGACGACAUCUGCAGGGUCAAAAGAUGAGAGAUCAUCCCAUACUUCAGAUAAUAAACAGGGACAAUAUGUCAACUCGCAUUUAUCGUUGCCUGGAUUUAAUUACCAAGAAAGUGGACGUAAUGAUCAUCAUGUCUCUGCACCUCAUAUCUCUGUGACUGAGAGUACUCCAGAUAGAAACAGGAAGCAUCUGUCAAUUCCAGUUGACCAAUUACAGGUUCCUUCUCAACGUGAACGCUCAAAUUCUAUAAAGUCAGAAUCACCUGCUGAACAGCAAAAGUUCAUGGAGAUGAUUACCUAUGGACAGCGUGGACGCAUGGAGGACCAGUGCUGCUCAUUGGAUCCUAGCAAGAGUGCUCCUUGCACACCCAGAUACACAGAGAAAAAAACUGUUGCAAUGACAGAUCCUGAAAUGUUCUUCAAUCUGUUGGCCGACACUCAGAGCCGACGGCUCGAUGACCAGCGAGUGUCGCUUCCAUCAUUACCAGGCUUACAAAAUGAAAAGGGCACUUCUAUGGGAGAUUCAAGCUACUUGUGUUACAUGGUCUCUAAAGUUCAAGGCUCCAGAAUGGAUGAUCAAAGGUGUUCAUUACCUGAAAUCCUACCCCCAGAGACACCGUGUUCAUCAAACAAGGAUCAGUCUGAAUCCGGUUUAAACCCAUUACGCUCAGCCUCCUUCAGCUCCAGUUCAGACAUAAAACAACUAAAAAGUGAGGAUAAAAAUCCUCAAAAACAGUUCUUGACUCCAGCUGAACAGGAAGAUCUUUUUACCUUAAUUAGUAAUUCCCACCAUGGCCGGAUGGAUGAACAGCGAUGUGUCCUAAAUGCUACACCCCAGUCCACACCUAAGCACCAUUUCAGUCAAAGUGAAAUCCCCCAAGAUUCUGAUAAUUUCUUCAGCUUACUGGCCACCUCACAGGGCAGACGGCUGGACGACCAGAGAGUGUCCCUUCCUUCAUUACCUGGAAUACAGAAUGGAGGUACCACAUUAACACCCACUGCUGCUGAGACGGAUGCAAGCUACUUGUGUUAUCUGGUUUCCAAAGUCCAGGGCUCAAGGAUGGAUGAACAGAGAUGUUCUGGACCCCACAUCUUCCAGAAUCUGGGUACCCCAUCAGCUCAGCGCACAUCUGGUAAACCUCCUUGGAGGUCUGCCUCAUUAAACCGUGAGAAAACUGAACAGCGUGGGCAGGGAAUAUCCGCAGCUGAGGAGGAGCAAUUUCUUAAAAUGAUAAGUCGAAUACAAAGUGGACGCAUGGAAGAGCAACGCUGCUUUUUACAACCCAGCAGAAGCACACCUUCCUCACCUACACACAAUGGCAGUGCUUUGAAUAAAGUACCCAUAGGCGCAGAAGCAGAGGCGUUCUUCAAAAUCAUCACCUCCAGUCAGUCGCGACGACUAGAUGAUCAGCGCGUUGCACUUCCUACCUUGCCAGGGAUAACUGGAAAUUCUGAAGGAAAAGUAGACAUACAACGACAUACAACAGCUGAAAUCCCAGUCUCUCCACUACCGCAGAUCACAGUGGCUAAAUGUACACCUACAACUUCAAAAAAGUGUCCUACACCUGCCUCACAACCUCAAAUGACAUAUGGAAAGCCUGGUUCCACUGAGGCCUUACCCAAAUCUGCUUCACUUAUUCCCAAGGGAGAAUUUAAGAAGAUGUCUAAUUUCCCAGCUAAGGUAACAGUGAGUGUAUCUGUGAGCUUCACACCUCAGGAGAAGAAUGCCAGUGAACCAGAUGCAUUUCCAGAUGUCUAUCUAACUCUUGGAGCCCCAGGGGACAACCUUGUGAUACCUCUGAGUCCAGUAUGUGGCAGGCCCUUGUCCUUUGACUUAAACCUUGUUAUGAAGGAAGAUGUUAAGUUCAGGCAUCGCUCUCCAAGCCAUUCCAGUCCCAGAAAAAACAACUCCAGGCCACCAUCUCCCAACAAAGGUGCGACUGGUAAAGCAUAUCCUACAUGCUCACAUGAACAGGGGAAGCUUGUGACCAGCCACAUCAGUGCAGAUGUAAACUCCUCCCCAACUGAAAAGACUCACCUGGAGAAAGGAAUGGCUCAAGAAGGACAAAAGGGGAAAGGAGAACUUGGAAAGGUGAGGGAAAAGGCACAGCAUGGAAAAGGAAAGGGCGCUGUAAAGAAAGACAUGAAGAAGAGUGGCAAAUAAUGUACUUGUAAAUUAUGGGAUUUAAAUGUAAAAAAAUAAGUAGCAAAAAAAUUGUAUUUGUAUUGCUAAAAGCUCUUAUUAGAAAUUAUGUUGAUUCUGCUUUAUAGGGUCAUUUGAAGGAUAGUCCUUUGCUAGCUAAAUUUACAGUACAUAUUGUGUCUAUUAUGUUUUGCGUUUUGCAAAUUUUCUAAAUGUAAAUACACUGUAAGGAAUUCUAUUCUUUCUGUCAAUUAUAA